AUGUCUACCGCCGAGCUCGCCUGCUCUUACGCUGCCCUCAUCCUGGCCGAUGACGGUAUUGAGGUCUCCGCCGACAAGAUCCAGACCCUCAUCUCUGCCGCCAAGGUCCAGGAUGUUGAGCCCAUCUGGUCUUCCAUCUUCGCCCGGGCCCUCGAGGGUAAGGACAUCAAGGAGCUCCUGACCAACGUCGGCUCCGCUGGCCCCGCUGCCGCUGCCCCUGCUGGUGGCGCCGCUGCUGACGCCCCCGCCGAGGCCAAGGCUGAGGAGAAGGUUGAGGAGAAGGAGGAGUCCGAUGAGGACAUGGGCUUCGGUCUCUUCGACUAA